CUCCACCCUUUCAACACUCCUCCCUUCACUUUUUUUUUCAGCUGGGUGGAUCUUGACCAUUGAUCCCCAAUUUCCCACCGACAAUAACUUCGUAUGGGAGUUUUGGGAACUCUUCAGCGUGCUUACGGCCGGCCCAUGUUCUUCAAGUUCCAAGUGGAUCUCUUCGCUCUUUAUAAGUAACAAGGCAGCAGAUGUCUUUCUAAAACAUUGGGAUUGGAGUACCAUGGAUGUUCUAGAGACCUGGGUACUUAAUCAAGACGAUAAUGAAUGUUGUUGGGCUAUUCAAACCGCAGCCUAUGUAGGAGCCUAUGAAAAUAUAAGGGUUAAGGAGGGGGGGGGGGGGGGGGUGAUAAAGUAAGUCUCUCCCCCAAUCUCUUAUAGAUGAAUGUAAGCAGAGGGAUAACGGCUCGAUUGCAGAUACAGGGAGAACGUUUAAUCACACUAAGCAUGAAGGAAUUGCUCCGAUGUCAGAAUAUGAAUUCACCGGGAAAAGAAACAAAAGUCCUCCAAAAGAAUUAAAGGGCAACCGACGUAUAUGCAUUCCUGACUACACGACUCUAGAAAAUGACGAUGAAAGAAAUGAUCCAAGAUUGAAAGUGAGGGAUCAGGAAAUACUUGGGCUUGUUCACAAACAUCCCAUAGUUGGAAUACAGAAGAGUUUGAAGACAUCAAAGAUAAUGAGGUGAUUAAUACUACACAACUUUGGUAUAUUCAAACUAGUCUUUGUUGAUAUAUUGCAUUUGUAUCAGAAUAUAGAAAAUUUUGGAUUUUUCCCCAAUUUUAGCGUGUGUAUUAUGAGCUUUGUUCCACAGCUUCCGAAAUCACUGAGUUACUACUGUACGGUUUAAAGCACAACUUCGUUUAGCUUUUUAUCUCGAAAUUGAUGCAUCACAUUGAUCAAAU